GUGACAAACACUUUUCUCUGGCAAGGUGCCCCGAAGAAGAUCUCCGUUUAUCUAUUUAUCAACAAUAAUGAUAAAAUAAUGCAUAAACUAUAUGAAUGAAUUAAAAAUGAAAACAGCCGACCACUUAAGCAGCAGUUUACCAGCGGUUUUAAAGCAGUAUCUUCCGGAUUAUGAACCAACAUUACCCCUAAAACCCCGAGAAUCAAUAACCCCAAGGAACAGGUCCCCAGGAAAACUUUCCGAUAGGAGUAGGUCCCCAGGAAAGAGAUCGUCCUCAUCCAAAAAUAGCAACAAAGAUGAGGGUUCCCACCAAAGGUCUUCAUCUCCAGAAAAUGGACAGAACAAGAGGAGACAAUCCAGUGAAGCUGAGAGAUUGGAAAAGCUGUCUUUGAAGUGGGACAUUGCUAAAAAUGAUGUCAAGCAAGACCAACAUCAGCUCCUUAAAGACAAGGUUCUAUUGCAACAACAACUUAUCAAGAAACAAGAUGCCCUUGCUCAGGCCAAGAGAGAAGAGCUGGAAAAGGAGGCUCAAAAGCAAAGAGAGUUGGAAAAGGCUAAAAAGCAGGCUAAAGAGUCCGCUUUACUUCAGCAGUGCAAGAAUUCUCUAGAAGAAGACAGGAAGUCUGCUAGUAAAGAGAGAAAAUCCAAAGCUAAAGCAGUGGUCAACACACCACCCUCCCCUGCUGUCCCCUCUAGUCCUGUGAGAACACCAUCCAAAUCCAGACGCUUCCAACCCAACCUACCCCCAGUCAGCCGCACUCCCACAAACUCGGAUCUCCUGGAUCGCGAUCCCUCAUGGAGCAUGCCGGAGGGGGAUCAGUUACCAUGGCAUCAAAAACAGCUCUACCAGGUGCUUGGGAAGGGAGCGGACUAUUUCUUGCACCCUAAAAUCGAGAAGAAAGCUGUUAAACCCAUCAACAGCAGGCUGAGAAAGGAAGGAGGUCGAGCUGGGGUGGAGCGACUAUUGAAGACUUUGAGGGACGAAUCCCAGAUUCGACUUCUCAAGGCCGACGCCCAUAUACCACAGGAAUUAAAGGACACAUUCGGAGCCUUUGUAAGGGAGAGUGUUGGGAAAGAUCGACCACCAGUUCAGAGGUUUUUCUGUGCAGAAGAAGAUGUUCCCGAGUUAGCUAGACUCCAGGACCACUCUAAGUCUGCUCAAGUGAGACAUUACAAGCACAAGACAGACCUGAUGUUCCGAGCUUCUAAAAACAAUGAAGACAGAACUAACAUUCUGAUUCACAAUAACCCUCCCCCAGAAGUAGCUUCUGUAGACCCCGAGGAUGAUGGGGUGGGACGUUAUCUACCUUCCUGGGUUGACGACCUUGCAGAAUCGGAGCCUGAUUACAUGAAAUGGGUUAAGGAAGGUAAACACACCCAUCGUGACCUUACAAGUCAACCAAUCAGAGAAGAUGAGGAAGAACCAGAGAGACCAGAGGAAGAGAAGGCUGAAGAGUUUACAGAUGAGGUUAUUCUGCAGAUGAGUCAAAGAAAACACCAUAAACCUCAGCCCAAGUACAUCUUCAUCAAAGACGAGGACACAAACUUUAAAGGGACCUUUACAGACAAGUUCCGAGAUAUGUACGAUAACGCAGACAUUCCCCGACCAUUUAAUGCUAAUAAGCUUCCAUCCCCUACCAAGUCCAAAUCCGUGCUGGGACUUACCACAGAGGACAUGGCUGAAGAUGAUCGACCUUCCUGCCAGUCAGCUCCUAUUCCCAGCAGACACCAUCGUUAUUAUGAUUAUGUAUCCCAAUGGGAGCCCCUAAGUAUGAAUGCACUGAUAGAGUACACAAAGAAGAAAGAGGCUGAGGGGGCAGGAGAGUUCAACCAGGGUCGUCCUAAAAUGUGGACCAAUCAAGUCAAGGUUACAUGACCUGAAUGAUUAUUGGUUAAGAAAGACUUACUCUCUGUGAUCUGUGGAUGUGAUUUAAUUCUUGAUAUGAGAAAAUUGUGUUAGGAAAUGGGCAUAGUAUUUUUACUGGCAGUAGUUGAAUUUGUAAUGUAAACAUAAGAGGUUUUAAAGUAAUAUUUAUUCAGUAUUAUAUUUUUGCAAGUAUUGCUGAAAUUUUGAAACUGUGAUAUUUUUGGAGAUUUUAUUAUAUCCGUCCAACUUUUCUAUUUUGAGCUACAUGUAUAUUGCAUUUCUAAAGAUGGCCAACUUUAUGAUGAGAUGAAUAAAUAAUGUUAAAAAUAUUUUUAA